UCCCGCUUGUCCUGCAGCUGCUUCUUCUUCUGCUUCACGCUGAAGGGCUUCUUCCUCGGCAUGGCCCCAGAGCCCCGGCCCGCCCUCCGCCGAGCUCCCCGCCGCCGCAACUGACUCCCCCGGGCAGCCCCCGCCGGCGGCCCGGGGCCCUGGGGAGGCGGGGCCGCGGUGACGUCAGCGGCGGGCGGCGGGGAGCGGGGCGGCGGGGAUGCAAGCGGCGGCACGUGAGAGCAGCCCGCGCGGCUCCGGGAUGCACGGGGCGGCGAGCCGGAGACGCGCGUGGGAGGCCCGAGCCGACUCCGUCACGGGCGCUACCAAGUGGCAGCCGCGGGAGGGGUCGGGGCGGGGGGAAACCCGUGUCCUCGCCGCCCGGCGCUCCCGGGAGCUGCCACUCACCUGGCGGGGGCCGGGCGAGGGGGCCGAGGACACGCCCCACCGCGCGGCCGCCCGGGGAGGAUGGCCCCCGGCGGGGGAGCCGAGGCUGCGCCGGCUGUCCCGCGGACUGGCCUGCGGCGACACCGGACUCGCAGAGGAGGAGGCAGAAGAGGCAGGUUCACGGGCGUGUCACACGUGCGAGCGCGGGUGAGGAGGAGAAAGCGAGCGGGACGAGGACUUCGGCAGAGAGGUCAGAGAGCACGGAGUUGUGGCUGGAGGCGUUGCCGUGGUAACCGGGGGGACCGGAUGUGACGAUCUCAGGAUGCGACCGGGCCUCUCGCGUGCCGCCAGAGGCCCCGAAGCCCGUCCGGCGUGUCCCUGUAACGCGGUGGUGCUUUCCCCACGCGGAGGGGGAACCGCACGAGGGGAGCAGAGCUUUUCCCCCCCACGCGCGGCGGAGGAGCGAACGGCCGCAGCACGUCCGCGACCUCCCGGAAGUGGCAUGGCGGCGGGGAGCCUCGGUCACCCGGCCCACUGCCCACCCGGAAGCGGAAGGGAAGUUAGUGUGCCCCUUCCUCACUGCCCUCCAGAUCUUGCUGCUGCAGCCAUUGCCGCAGCCGCUAUGCCGAAGCGAAAGAAGCUGGACCAGCAGCAGCCGCCGCCGCCGCCGCAGCAGCAGCAUCAUCUCGCGCUGUCCGAGCGCGACGAGCCUGGAGACGAGGACGAUGAGCGCCCCAGGGGACCACCCAGCCUUCUGGGCCCUCCCCCCAUGGCUAACGGAAAGCCUGGUGACCCCAAGUCAGCCUUCCACAGGGGUCCUCCAGGAUCAAGGGGACCGAUGAUUCCACCACUGCUGAGUCUCCCACCUCCUCCCCGGGGGAGAGGCUACAUUCGGGGAGGCCUUGGUCCUCGAUCUAGCCCAUAUGGUCGUGGUUGGUGGGGUGUCAAUACUGAACCUCCUUUUCCUGGGCCAGGCCAUGGGGGUCCUAGGGAAAGCUUUUACAGAGAGGCAAGAAAUCCACGAAGGCUCAAAAGCUGGUCUCUCGUCCCUCCCAAGGACAGCCCCCAGAUGAUGGAAGACAAGUCUGACCGCCCUGUCUGCCGACACUUCUCUAAAAAGGGCCACUGUCGUUAUGAAGACCAUUGUGCCUUCUACCAUCCAGGCGUCAACGGACCUCCUCUGUGAGACUGUGCCUUCCCACCCAGGCUGGAAGGAGCCCUCUGACCUAGUGGCCAUGUAUUCUCUGUGGCUCCAUUAUAGCUACUUGAAGGCUCUUCUGUCACCUUCAGGCACUGACACGUCCACCCCUUUUAUCAUCUCUCCCAUUUGGAGUCCAGAGCUGUGAUUGUCACUGGUGCACAGUGCACACUGUCUUCUGAUCCAGGCUGUAGAGACCUUUGGGAACCCAUCUCGCUACGUUCCACUGCCUCCUGGAUCUUCCCCUCUGCCAACAGACUGCUCAACAGGAAACCUUUGGUGCUGUUUCUUGUGCAUUUGUCCACCUGUCCCUCAGUAGUGCCCUCAGUUCCCAAGAACCCUGGAGCAGUCUCUUACCCCUAGCUGCUUGUUUAAGUCUUUUCAUGUAAAGCCCCAGUGUUUGCAGCUGCCAGGAAGUGCACCAGGUUGUAUGGCCUUGAGGUCAGCUUUGAGUGACGGGUGCAGACUUGCUCCCUGAACAGCCUCCACCUGCUUUUGGACAUCCUAGUUUCUGUCCGUAGCAUGAGCCCCACCGCUAAGGCCUGUGGUCACUGUGCUUUGUGAAACUGUACACCCUUUGUAGCCUUCCUCGGUGUCUGUGACGUUUUUGUGACUUCCCAACACUAGAGUUAAGUUUUGCUGCCAAAUCAAGUGAGGCUCUUGGUGCCCUCUGGAGUUCACCUACCUCCCAACACGGGAGGACAUGAGACUCUUCAGACUGCCUCCCCAUUGUGCCCUCUCCUGGUGUUUGGGCAUUCUGGGUCUGACAGGCCAGUGGUGUCUUGGAAAGCCUCCGGCAGGCCUCCCCACACAGCUCCCACCUGGCCCGUUUCACUUAGGCUCUGUCAUUGUGAGGCCACUGGCCCUUUGAUUUGACUUUGUGAAUCUCCACCUGUCUUUGGAUGGAACCUGAACAGUACUGUCAUCUCUGACCUGACCCUCUUCUCUUCUCUUCCCUGGCACUGCAUGUUUUCUGUGAAAACAGCAGUGAACAUGUUGGGUUUUGAACAGGCCCUAAGGAAGUGGGUCAGGAGGUGUGUGCGCAAGAGGAGAAAGAGCUAUUGGAGAACUAAGAAUGAUUUUUUUUCUUUUUAACUUUUUUUUAUAUUAGUAAUAAACACAGUGGAAACCGG